AUGCCUUCCCUCCGAGCCAUCGUGCUGGGCCUCGCCACCACAACCCUCAUCCACGCCCACGCCCACAGCCAUAGCACUCUCGGGGCCGAUUAUAUCAUCGACGUGCACUCCCACGUCAUCCCGCCCGUCUGGAAGGAAGCCCUGAUCUCCGCCGGCUACCCCCUCAAGAAUGGCACCUUAUAUGUAGACGACUUCCCCGUCCCCGACUGGACCCUGGACUCCCACCUCUCGACCAUGGACGCACGAGGCAUCAACUUCUCGACCGUCAGCGUCACAGCCCCGGGCGUUGCCUUCCUGCGCCAUGACGCCGCCGCCGCCAGCCAGCUCGCCCGACGCAUCAACCUGCAAAUGCACAACUGGACGCAAACGCACCCCACCCGACUGGGGGCGUUAUGCCUCCUACCGUUGCCGCAUAUCAACGAAUCCCUCGCCGAGCUCGAGUUCUGCCUCGACACCCUCAACUUCCCCGGCAUCGGCCUCUACACCAACUUCAACGGCACCAUGUAUCUCGGCGACCGCCGUCUCGACCCGAUCUUCGCCGCCCUCAGCGCCCGCAACGCCACCGCGUUCGUGCACCCCGCCGCGCCGUCCUGCCCCGCCGUCGCGCUGGGUUACCCCCUCCCGCUCACCGAAUACCCGUUCGACACGGUGCGCGCCAUGGAAAACCUGCUGCUGACCGGCCAGCGCGCGCGCUUCCCGCGAGCGACCCUGAUCUUCGCGCACGGCGGCGGCGCAAUGCCCUACCUCGCCCCGCGGAUCGCCGGCCUCGCCUCGAUGGAGUUCAUGGGCGGGCGGAGCGUGGCCGACUCGCUCGCCCAGCUGGCCGGGUAUUACUUCGAGACGGCGUCGGCGACGUCCGCCGUGCAGCUGGCGGCGCUGAAGAGUUUUCUGGGGACGGGGAGGAUCCUGACCGGGACGGAUUAUCCGUACGUCCCGAGUGAUCAGAUCGCGGCGACGUUGCCGAAGAUUCAGGCGAAUGGCGGGUUUAAAGCUUCUGAGAUGGUGGAGAUCCAUGCGGGGAAUGCGCUACGGUUGUUUCCGAGAGUGGCGGCUGUGUUG